AGUCCAAUCCAUACACAUGGAUGACUAAUGUGAGUGGAAGUGUGAAGUAACGUGGCUAAUUUCAAACUACAAAACCCACAUCCAAGUCCCUCCCUCAGACCCAUCUUUGCCUUCCAAUCUCUCUCUCUCUCUCUCUCUCUCUCUCUGUGAAAUCAUACAAAUGUGUAUAUUUUAGAAUUGUUUUCACGUCUUUAAUCUUCUAUGGCUUUGCCCAUUUUCCCAAAUUUCAGUAUCAAUUUGAAAUCCAACACCGAACCCAUUUUGGCGCGAAUUUCCAACGGCUCAGUCCCCGCGACUGCCUCUCCAUCUCCCAAACAAUACAAACCCUUUCAAGGUAAGCCAGAGGCCGAUGUUGUUGUGAUUGGGAGCGGUAUAGGUGGACUGUGUUGCGCCGGUCUUUUAGCUAGGUACCAGCAAGAUGUUUUGGUGUUAGAAAGCCAUGAUCGACCUGGAGGUGCUGCUCAUUCCUUUAAGAUCAGAGACUAUGAAUUCGACUCGGGUCCAUCUCUAUUCUCUGGGUUCCAGUCAAGAGGCCCUCAGGCCAAUCCCCUAGCACAAGUUCUUGAUGCAUUAGGUGAGUCAGUUCCAUGUGCCAACUACGAUUCAUGGAUGGUUUACAUACCUGAAGGUGAAUUCUUAUCUCGCAUUGGCGCCACAGAAUUUUUCAAGGAUCUUGAGAAGUAUGCAAGUCGGGAUGCUGUGCGAGAAUGGCAAAAACUUCUUGAUGCAGUACUUCCAAUGUCUGCAGCUGCAAUGGCUCUGCCUCCUCUAUCAAUCCGGGGUGAUUUGGGCGUUAUUUCCACUGCUGCAACUAGAUAUGCCCCCUCGCUCUUGAAAUCAUUUGUUCAAAUGGGACCUCAGGGAGCUCUUGGUGCUACUAAACUUCUCAGACCCUUCUCGGAAAUCAUGGAUUCACUGGACCUGAAAGACCCCUUUAUACGAAACUGGGUGGAUCUCCUGGCUUUCCUGCUAGCAGGGGUGAAAUCUAAUGGUAUACUCUCAGCAGAGAUGGUUUACAUGUUUGCAGAAUGGUACAAGCCAGGUUGCACUCUUGAGUAUCCUCUUCAAGGAACUGGGGCAGUGGUUGAUGCACUUGUCCGGGGGAUGCAGAAGUUUGGAGGGCGGCUAUCUCUUGAAAGCCAUGUUGAAAAAAUUGUUGUUGAAAAUGAUCAAGCCAUAGGAGUGAAGCUAAGAAGUGGUCAGUUCAUACGUGCUAAGAAGGCUGUUGUCAGCAAUGCAUCUAUGUGGGACACUUUGAAUCUGUUACCUAAGGAAGUAGUUCCUAAAUCAUAUCAAGACAGGAUUAAGACAACCCCUCAAUGUGAAUCAUUCAUGCAUCUCCAUUUGGGUUUUGAUGCAGAGGGCAUACCAGAGGACUUGGGAAUUCAUCAUAUAGUCGUAAACGAUUGGGAUAGAGGAGUUGACGCUGAUCAGAAUGUUGUUUUGAUAUCUGUACCUAGCGUACUUAGUCCCAAUCUUGCACCUCCUGGGAAACAUGUGUUGCAUGCUUAUACACCAGGAACUGAACCAUUUGAACUCUGGGAAGGACUUGAUCGUAGAAGUGGUGAAUACAGAAAGCUCAAAGCUGAAAGAUCAGAGGUAAUGUGGAGAGCGGUGGAGCGUGUACUUGGUCCAGGUUUUAAACGGGAGAAGUGUGAAGUGAAGUUGGUAGGAACGCCAUUAACACAUCAAAGGUUUCUCCGAAGGAACAGGGGAACCUAUGGGCCAGCCAUGCAAGCUGGCAAAGACACCUUCCCAGGACAUUCAACUCCAAUCUCACAUCUCUAUUGCUGUGGAGAUUCUACAUUUCCCGGAAUUGGAGUCCCUGCAGUAGCUGCCAGCGGUGCCAUCGUUGCUAACUCCCUGGUUUCUGUCUCUCAACAUUCCCAGCUUCUUGAUGCCAUUGGAAUUUGACUGCCCUGGUGAGUUCAAUUUAUCUUUUUCUGGAAUAUUCAUUCAUGUUGGUUACUUUCUCCGGAUUUUAGCAUACCCUCUCAAACUUUGGAUUCUUUCCAUGUACAACAAUUGUAUAGCACCAGAUAAUGUAAAUCAUAACAUUACAUGUUUGAUGAGAGUAUUUGGUUGCAAUUCUUUCUACCAUUGUCCCCUGAAGCCAUACUAGAACAUUCCCACAACCCUUUCCCGUUGUCUCUAUUGAUCAAGACACUCGUCUACUUAUUUGUUCUUGAAGCAUGUCCUUUUUUUGGGUCAUCAACAGACUAAUCUGUAUUAUUUAAUGAUUUAUGAAUACAAUAUAAAUUAUAUGCGUA